AUGGCCGCCAGAGGGCAGCUGGAAGCGGUGUUUGUAGUGCACACCGUACCUACAUAGUACCUUCUGCAGGCUACAGUGCGUCUCAUGUGAAUUCUUAUGCGGGUUAUAAUAAAUGGACAUAACUGUCGUUAGGGAAAAUCAGUAAAAAAAAUAAUAUAUAUGUUUUAUUAUAUGUUGAAGGCAAGCAAUAGGCUGAAUAAAUGAUUGGUUUCUUCAGUGCCUGUGUUGUCCAGUGCUUACAGCCACUGACCUUGAGUGAUGGGUGAUUUGAAGGAGUCAGGCGCAGGAGGGUUGAUCACAGAAUAACAGGAUUUAUUCCGGAAUACAGAGUUACGCACUAAUGCGUCAAAACAGUCCAGUGCGCAAAACAGACGCACUGGAACCAAACAGGCACACAGGGAAAAUAACCCGGCGAUACAAAUAUACAAGGAGCUCAACCGAGCUUCACUCUCCUCACAAUAAACAAUCACACACAAAGACAAGGGGGCAGAGGGAACACUUAUACAGGUACUGAUGAGGGGAUAUGAACCAGGUGUGUGUAAUGAACAAGACAAAACAAAUGAAAUGAUGAGAUGAGGAGCGGCAGUGGCAAGAAGGCCGGUGACGACGAACGCCGAAGCCUGCCCGAACCAGGAGAGGAGGCAGCUUCGGAGGAAUUCGUGACAGUACCCCCACCUUGACGCACAGCUCCAGCAGCGCGCCAACACCGGCCUCGGGGAUGGCCAGCAGGACGCGGAGCAGGGCGAGACGGAUGGCGACGGUGGAAAUCCCUCAACAGGGAGGGAUCGAGGAUAUCCCUCACUGGGCCACAGCACCGCUCCUACGGACCGCCCCCCUCCCACUCCACGAGGUACUGAAGGCCCCCCACCCAACGCCUCGAAUCCAGGAUGGAAUGGACGGAGUAUGCCGGGGCCCCCUCGAUGUCCAGAGGAGGCGGAGGGACCUCCCGAACCUCAGACUCCUGGAGUGGACCAGCCACCACCGGCCUGAGCAGAGACACAUGGAACAAGGGGUUAAUACGAUAAUCUGGCGGGUGUAAUAACCUAAAGGUAACCUCGUUUAUUCUCCUCAGGAUAUUGAACGGCCCCACAAACCAUGGGCUCAGCUUCCGGCAGGGCAGGCGGAGGGGCAGAUUCCGGGUCGAGAGACAGACCCGAUCACCCGGUACAAAGACCGGGGCCUCACUGUGGUGGCGGUUAGCGUUGGCCUUCUGACGACGCACAGCGCGUUGGAGGUGGACGUGAGCAGCGUUCCACGUCUCCUCAGCAUGCCAAAACCAGUCAUCCACCGCAGGAGCCUCGGUCUGGCUCUGAUGCCACAGUGCCAGAACCAGUUGAUAACCUAAAACACAUUGAAAUGGCGUUAGGUUAGUGGAGGAGUAACGGAGAGAGUUCUGGGCAUAUUCGGCCCAUGGCAAGAACACCGACCACUCCCCCGGCCGGUCCUGGCAGUAGGACCGCAGGAACCUACCCACAUCAUGAUUCACCUGUUCCACCUGCCAAUUAGACUUGGGGUGAAAACCAGAGGUCAGGCUGACGAGACCCCCAGACGUUCCAUGAACGCCUUCCAGACCUUGGAUGUGAACUGGGGACCCCGGUCAGACACUAUGUCCUCUGGUACCCCGUAGUGCCGGAAGACGUGUGUAAACAGGUCCUCCGCAGUCUGCAGGGCUGUGGGGAGACCGGGCAGAGGAAGGAGGCGGCAGGCUUUGGAAAAGCGGUCCACAAUGACCAGGAUGGUGGUGUUACCUUGAGAGAGGGGAAGAUCAGUAAGGAAAUCAAUACUCAAGUGGGACCAUGGCCGUUGUGGAACUGGUAAAGGCUGUAUCUUACCCACUGGGAGGUGCCUAGGUGCCUUACUCUGGGCGCACACCGAGCAGGAGCAGACAUACACCCUCACGUCCUUAGACGAGGUAGGCCACCAGUACUUUCUGGUCAGGCAGCGCACAGUACGACCGAUACCUGGGUGACCAGAGGAGGGGGUCAUCUGUGCCCAAUAGAUCAGACGGUCACAGACAAGAGCAGGCACGUACUGCAGCCCAGCUGGACACUGAGGUGGAGAUGGCUCUGUGCGUAAUGCCUGCUCUAUAUCCGCGUCCAUCGGCGCCACAAUGCAGGAGGCAGGGUGUAUGGGGGUGUCUCCUCUGCGUCUGCCUUCACGUUCUUCGUACCCGGGAUGUAUGAUAGUGUAAAAUCAAACCAGGUGAAGAAUAUGGCCCACCUGGCCUGGUGAGGGUUCUGCCUCCUCGCUGCACGGAUGAACUCCAGGUUACGGUGGUCCAUCCAGACGAGGAAAGGGUGAUUCGCCCCCUCGAGCCAGUGCCUCCACACGGUCAGGGCUCGGACAUCAGCCAACAGCUCCCGAUCACCAACGUCGUAGUUCUGCUCCGCUGGGCUGAGCUUCUUGGAGAAGAAGGCACAGGGGCGGAGCUUGGGUGCCGUGCCCGAGCGUUGAGGUAGGACUGCGCCUAUCCCAACCUCAGACGCAUCCACCUCCACUACGAACGGUAGUGAUGGAUCAGGGUGGGCCAGUACCGGGGCUGAGGUGAACAGACCCCUCAGGUUACUGAAGGCCCUGUCAGCCUCAGCAGACCAGCGGAGCCGGGAUGGCCCACCCUUCAACAGAGAUGUGAUGGGAGCUGCGACCUUGCCAAAGCCCCGGAUAAACCUCCGAUAGUAGAUGGCAAAGCCAAUAAAGCGCUGCACCUCCUUUACUGUGGUUGGAGUCGGCCAAUUACGCACGGCUGAAAUGCGAACUCGCUCCAUCUCCACACCUGAGGUGGUAAUGAGGUAUCCGAGGAAGGAGACGGACUGUUGGAAAAACAGAUACUUUUCUGCCUUGUCAUAAAGGUCAUGUUCCAACAGUCGGGCCAGCACUUUGCGAACCAGGGACACAUGCUCGGCGCGCGUAGCAGAAUACACCAGAAUGUCAUCGAUGUAGACCACUACACCGCGACCAAGUAUGUCCUGAAACACCUCAUUCACAAAGGACUGGAAGACUGAUGUAGCAUUCAUCAAACCGUACAGCAUCACCAGGUAUUCGUAAUGCCCCGUGGUGGUGCUGAAUGCUGUCUUCCACUUGUCCCCCUCUCGGACAUGCACCAGGUUGUACGCACUCCGGAGAUCUAAUUUUGUGAAGAAGCGCGCCCCAUGCAUUGACUCGAUCACAGAUGGAAUGAGGGGUAGAGGAUAACUAAAUCGUAUCGUCCCCUUGUUCAGUGAUCGGGCUGAAUCACCGCCUGGUACGACAACUGCACCGCCCGCAACCCCAGGGCUCUCCAGAGGGUGGUGCGGUCUGCCGAACGCAUUACCGGGGGCAAACUACUCGCCCUCCAAGACACAUACAGCACCCGAUGUCACAGGAAGGCCAAAAAGAUCAUCAAGGACAUCAACCACCCGAGCCACUGCCUGUUCACCCCGCUAUCAUCCAGAAGGCGAGGUCAGCACAGGUGCAUCAAAGCUGGGAACGAGACAAUUAAAAACAGCUUCUAUCUCAAGGCCAUCAGACUGUUAAAUAGCCAUCACUAGCACAUUAGAGGCUGCUGCUGCCUAUUGAAAUCACUGGCCACUUUAAGAAAUGGAAUGCUAGUCACUUUAAUAAUGUUUACAUAUCUUGUACUACUCAUCUCAUAUGUAUAUACUGCAUUCUAUUCUAUCAUAUUCUACUGUAUCUUAGUCCAUGCCGCUCUGUGCCAUUGCUUGUCCAUAUAUGUAUAUAUUCUUAAAUUCCAUUCCUUACUAGAUUUGUGUGGAUUGGGUAUAUGUUGUGAAAUUGUUCGAUAUUACUUGUUCGAUAUUACUGCACUGUCGGAGCUAGAAGCACAAGCAUUUCGCUACACCCGCUACAACAUCGGCUAAACACGUGUAUGUGACAAAUACGAUUUUAUUUUAUUUUAUUUGAUCGGUAAUCAACACAAGGGCGCAGACCUCCGUCUUUCUUCUUCACAAAAAAGAAACUUGAGGAGGCGGGCGAAGUGGAGGGACGUAUAAACUCCUGGCGCAGGGACUGAGACAUAUGUCUCCACAGCCUCCGUUUCAGCUUGUGACAGGGGAUACACAUGACUCCUUUAUCGCGCAAUCCCCACCCGAUGAGGUGGUAAUUUGGUCGCCUGCGUUUUGGAAAACGCAUGCGCCAAAUCGAGGUAUUCGGGGGGAAUGGGCACGGUGGAGGUACUGGAAUGUAUAGGGGAACCAAGGUAAUGCCUAGACUAUGUGAAAAUGACCUGUCCAUAAAGUUCCCAGCUGUGCCUGAAUCGACCAGUACCUUACACUGGGGAACUAUAAUGUAAUCAGGAAAGUGGAUGGGUAGGGUACAGUGUGCAGCAGAGGGCUCUGAACGAGUGUGGGUGUUUGAUACCUGGGGUGAAGCGAGAGUGCCCUGCCUGCCGCGUCCAGACCCAAAAGAACGCUGACGACAUCGUGCAGUUUCAUGAUGCAGCUCCAUCAGCUCAUGAUCCGGGUUGGGGGGGUGUGGAACGGGCAGGCCCCCCUCCAGGACGUCCUCUGGCCACCAGCAGGUUGUCCAACCGGAUGGCCAUGUCCACCAGUUGAGUGAAGGACAACAUGGUGUCCCGGCAGGCUAGCUCCCUUCGGACGUCCUUCCGUAGAUGGCACCGGAAGUGGUCGAUGAGGGCCCGCUCGUUCCACCUGGACCCAGCUGCUAGAGUCCGGAACUCCAGGGCGAAGUCCUGCGCAGUCCUUGUCCCCUGCCUCAGGUGGACCAGCCGCUCGCCCGCCUCUCUACCCUCGAGCGGGUGAUCGAAGACAGCCCGAAAGAGGCAAGCGAACUCCCCGUAGUUGUCCAAUGCAGUUCCUCCUUCAUUCCAGGGCUUUCCCCGAGAGGCAGGAGACGAGGGCGGACAACUUCCCGCUCCGAUGGGGCCGGGCUGAUGCUUGAAUAGUAUAGCUCCAGUUGGAGGAGGAAUCCCUGGCAGAGAGCAGCUGUCCCGUCGAAAUCCCGGGGUCGAGAUAUAUGGAUCCCUCUCGGUGCUGGGGUGUGGGUGGCUGGAUCCGGUCGCCCAGCUGGUCCCGACAGAUCGGGUCCUCUCCUCUCCAGGCGUUGGACGACCUGGAGAACCCGAUCCAUCGCUUCUCCCAAGCAGGCCAGCAUCGUCAACCCGUGCCACGACUCCAGGCAUAUGCUCCUCUCCUGCUGACUCCAUGGCGGUGUGUGAUUCUGUGAUUCUGUGAUUUGAAGGAGUCAGGUGCAGGAGUAAAUAAACGAUCAUCACACCAAGACAACGGGGGUGUAUAAUAAACAAGACAAAACCAAUGGAAUGAUGAGAUGAGGAGCGGCAGCGGCUAGAAGGCCAGUGACGAUGAACGCCGAAACCUCCCCGAACCAGGAGAGGAGGCAACUUCGAAGGAAAGUUGUGACACCUUGGCACACAUCUGCCAGAGUCGGCACCGGUUUUAAAUCCGGCCCACUGCCCUUUGACUCAUGAAUGACUGUCUAUUUUUGACACAUUCAUUCCGUGUGGUUACAGGGUUAAUUCCGCGUAGGGUUACAGGGUUAAAACAGAAACAACUCAACAACUAAUUUCACCCGCACAGCUGAUCUCAAAUUGCAACCAUUAUUGGUCACCUCAUUACCUCUCCCUAAAAGAUCAUGUUGGUGUUACCUUAGUCGGAGAUCUGUAUAUGAUGACGAGAUGCUCCUGUCUCCGCCCUAACAAUAGGAGUCAUUGUCCCAAAGGCAGGAAGGCAGGCGACAAGCUUAGGUCUGCAUAUUAAGCCCAUAGAAACGCAUUGGGCUUAUUCUGGACAGAUUUUGAGUCAACCCUCUCGCUUCGCCUCUUCCUCUCUGCCUUAGUCCUGCUUGCAACCAAAAGUCUUUAAAGAUAUGUUGGCCCUCUGGUUGGUAUUGUCAUGGGAACAACAGCCCUUUUUGAACAGAUUAAGGGAGAUUUAUCUAUUUGACAAUCAUUCUGUACAAUAUAAAUAAAGUAUUUCCUUGUUUUUCACGGCAAAUCUACUGUGGCAAUUUACUUGAUAUUUCAUAUGAACGGAAACCAAUGUUGGUGUAGCCUAAUGUUAUUUUAUUUGUUAUCAACAGUGUCUGUCGUGGUCAUUUCUUAUCAAGAUCAGGUGUAAAAUAUCCCUGGAUAUUGAAAUGUGGAACUAAAUCAGGUCAAUCAGGGGGAUUGAGCAAUUUGUGCCAGAAGGGCUGGAAUCUGACACUGUAGGCCCAGGCCAGUGAGUGUGGAAGAGGUGAAACAAUUGUUGUUGUCUAUCAACAAUGACAAGCCACCAGGGUCUGAUAACUUGGAUGGAAAAUUACUGAGGACAAUAGCGGACGAUAUUGCCACUCCUAUUUGUCAUGUCUUCAAUUGAAGCCUACUAGAAAGUGUGUGCCCUCAGGCCUGGAGGGAAGCACAAGUUAUUCCCCUACCUAGGGAUAGUAAAGACCCCUUUACUGGCUCAAACAGCCGACCAAUCAGCCUGUUACCAACACUUAGUAAACUUUUGGGGGAAAAAUGGUGUUUGACCAGAUACAAUGCUAUUUUACAGUGAACAAAUUGACAACAGACUUUCAGCACGCUUAUAGGGAAGGACAUUCAUCAAGCACAGCACUUACACAAAUGACUGAUGAUUGGCUGAGAGAAAUUGAUGAUAAAAAGAUUGUGGGGGUUGUUUUGUUAGACUUCAGUGCGGCUUUUGACAUUAUCGAUCAUAGUCUGUUGCUGGAAAAACGUAUGUGUUAUGGCUUUACACCCCCUGCUAUAUUGUGGAUAAAGAGUUACCUGUCUAACAGAACACAGAGGGUGUUCUUUAAUGGAAGCCUCUCCAACAUAAUCCAGGUAGAAUCAGGAAUUCCCCAGGGCAGCAGUCUAGGCCCCUUACUUUUUUCAAUCUUUACCUACGACAUGCCACUGGCUUUGAGUAAAGCCAGUGUGUCUAUGUAUGCGGAUGACUCAACACUAUACACAUCAGCUACUACAGCAACUGAAAUAACUGCAACACUUAACAAAGAGCUGCAGUUAGUUUCAGAGUGGAGAAGGAUAAGUUAUUCCUAAAUAUUUCUAAAAUUAAAAGCAUUGUAUUUGGGACAAAUCAUUCACUAAACCCUAAACCUCAACUAAAUAUUGGAAUGAAUAAUGUGGAAAUUUAGCAAGUUGAGGUGACUAAACUGCUUGCAGUAACCCUGUAUUGUAAACUGUCACGUUCAAAACAUAUUGAUACAACAGUAGCUAAGAUGGGGAGAAGUAUGUCCACAAUAAAGCGUUACUCUAACUUCUUAACAGCACUAUCAACAAGGCAGGUCCUACAGGCCCUAGUUUUGUCGCACCUAGACUACUGUUCAGUCGUGUGGUCUGCCUUGGCAGCAGCUAAUGGGGAUCCAUAAUAAAUACAAAUAAAAAUUCUAAAUCUUGACCUCAGCUUACACUUGACACUUGUAUGUAGCUUUAGUGGAGACCAAUAUCUAUCCUGUGUUAUUAAGCUAUAUAAGACGAUGGUUGUUGAUGUUUAUGGCUGUAUUUCAGAUACAUUUUUGUACAUUUGAAUGUUGCGGUAAUAGUAGCUAGGCGUUUGAGCGAGUGAGAGAGAAAAUUAUUUUGACAGCAAGCCCUGAUCCCAAUGACUUGCAUGGAGAGAAAGAGAACUGCUCUUUUUUUAGGGACUCACGAGGCUCAUUUGAAUUUUUUGACCAAUUUUAUGCUGCAUUUCAAUUUGCAAAAAAACAGGUGUUUCACAUUAGUUUCCUAUCAGAUUACUGGCACAGUGAAAGCACCUGGAUAAAGGUUCAUGUUGUCUUUUGAUACACAAAAGAGAGGAGGCACAACUUUCUCUCUCUCUCUCUCUCUCUCUCUCUCUUAUCAGACAAUGUGAUUUAUAGUAGCUGGAUGGCUGCCCAGGUAAUCUGAGGAGGUGAGGCUUGUAUAGUCAAAAGUAGUGCACUAUAUAGGGAAUAGGGUGCAUUCCAGUGGCAGCCCAACAACAAGUCAAUCCAUUACUCUUUGCAUGCCAUGCCAGUAAUUCAGGAAGUGUCACCAUAUCUCUGUUGGCUUAUAAAACCACAACACACCUGUGGCCAAGCAAAGACAAGAGACAGGAACAAUGUUUCAAAGCAUCACAGGAAUACCAACAAGUAUGCAGAGAUGUCAGGAGUGUCUCAUAAACAGCAGUCACAUACAGGAGUGUUACACACACACACACACACACACACACACACACAUACACACACGCACAAAGUCAACACUGCACGUGUUUAAUGAUAACCAUGCGAGCAGAAGGAAAAAGUAAACUUGAAAGUGUUCCGUCCGUCGUUAAUCUACAUUUAAUCCCGGUUUACUCGCAGAUGAUAAUCCCAGAUCCUGGUUUUUCCGACUCACCCUGGAAUCCAGGAUGGAGGGUUUAAUUAGCCAAUCCCACGUCAGGAAUUCCCUGGAAAUGGAAAAGAAUGUUCCUGCCCGUUGAGGAGAUUCGGGAAUUUAGUGUAAGAACACCCUGUGUGUGAGACCCAAAUGACACCCUUUUCCCUUUAUAGUGCCCUUAGGGUUCCCUUAGGGCUCUGGUCAAAAGUAGUGCACUAUAUAGGGGAUGGGGUGCCAUUUGGCAUGCAUCCUUAAACUCAUUGACUUCUGAGACUACUGUUCAAAUACCAGCGCACAAAUCAAAAAACAUUGAUGCAUUGGGGGCUGGCUACGGCUAGGAGGUGGAACUACUGCCAAGUCAAAUACUUACACAGGUAAAAAGGCAAAACAGUGUAGAAAACUUGUGGUUCAAUCUGUCCUUCAUCAGUGGUUAUAUUGAAGAGGAAAUCACGGUCAGCGUUGGAGACCAGAACACAAAAUAAUGAGCCACCCCCACUACAAAAACGUUUUUAAUGCAAACAGACCCAGAGGCAGACACAGAGCACAGGCCCUAUGGUCCGGACGCCAGAGGCUUCCCCUCAAAUAGCAACACUAAGAUCCUGUGUGGAAGGUUCAUAUGAAGAAUGUCCAAUGGCACCCUGUACCCUACAUACAGUAGUGCACUACGUUUGACCAGAGCCCUAUGGCAUUUGGGACGCGACCGAAGGUUCAUAUGAAGCAAGACAUAUGUUUAUGCUACAGUAGUUAGUAUAAAACCCUGUUCCAACAUUUGUAAUAUAUAUUAUCCUUUUAUAACUACCCUAUAGCUCUAAUACAACUACAAAGUCAUUUGUAAUAUAUAUUAUCCUUUUCAUUGUGGCACCACUUAUACAACUAUAGGAGACCCCUCUUACCCUCUGAAAUGCCAUUGAGUCUUGAUCUGUGUCCCAAAUGGCGCCCCAUUCCCUACAUACAGUAGUACCGUGGGCCCUGUAUGAAAUAAAUCCACUAUAUAAUUAAAAGGGUGGCAUUUGGAACAGGCCCAUUGAGUCUUGGUGUUGCCUGUUUAACAGGCAAGGUAUCAACUCCACCCUCUCCAGAGUUGGCCGUUCUUCUCUCUGCUAUCAUGCUGGCUCCACCUCUCACCCAUAGCAGAGGACUGGGUACCGUAGCAGGGUAACUUUUUAUAACCACUGCCGUGCCAGAAGGUUCCUUGGCUCAGGAUAAUAUAGAUAAAUGCUGUUUGAAAAAGUUGUUCUGACGUGUUUGUCAGAAUAUGAGUCAUAUAUCUCAAAGUUAUAAAUUCUCUGGAAGAAGAAAGCUGUCUUUUAGAAUAACAGGGAAGGAGUUUCAUUGUGACAGUGUUUCUGGUUGUAGGACAGUGUUCCUGGUGGUAGGACAGUGUUCCUGGUGGUAUGACAGUGUUUCUGGCAAUAGGACAGUGUUCCUGGUGGUAGGACAGUGUUCCUGGCAAUAGGACAGUGUUCCUGGUGGUAGGACAGUGUUCCUGGCAAUAGGACAGUGUUCCUGGUGGUAUGACAGUGUUUCUGGCAAUAGGACAGUGUUCCUGGUGGUAGGACAGUGUUCCUGAUGGUAGGACAGUGUUCCUGGUGGUAGGACAGUGUUCCUGGUGGUAGGACAGUGUUCCUGGUGAUAGGACAGUGUUCCUGGCAAUAGGACAGUGUUCCUGGUGGUAGGACAGUAUUCCUGGUGGUAGGACAGUGUUUCUGGCAAUAGGACAGUGUUCCUGGCAAUAGGACAGUGUUCCUGGUGAUAAGACAGUGUUCCUGGUGGUAGGACAGAGUUCCUGGUGGUAGGACAGUGUUUCUGUCCUCUGCCAUGGCUGAAUGUUGGCAGUUCUCCUCUAUGCUAUCAUGCUGGCUCUACCUCUCACCCAUAGCAGAGGACUGGGUACCGUAGCAGGGUAACCUUUUAUAACCACUGCCGUGCCAGAAGGUUCCUUGGCUCAGGAUAAUAUAGAUAAAUGCUGUUCGAAAAAGUCGUUCUGACGUGUUUGUCAGAAUAUGAGUCAUAUAUCUCAAAGUUAUAAAUUCUCUGGAAGAAGAAAGCUGUCUUUUAGAAUAACAGGGAAGGAGUUUCAUUGUGACAGUGUUUCUGGUUGUAGGACAGAGUUCCUGGUGGUAGGACAGUGUUCCUGGUGGUAUGACAGUGUUUCUGGCAAUAGGACAGUGUUCCUGGUGGUAGGACAGUGUUCCUGGUGGUAGGACAGUGUUCCUGGUGGUAGGACAGUGUUCCUGGUGGUAGGACAGUGUUCCUGGUGGUAGGACAGUGUUCCUGGUGGUAGGACAGUGUUCCUGGUGGUAGGACAGUGUUCCUGGCAAUAGGACAGUGUUCCUGGCAAUAUGACAGUGUUUCUGGCAAUAGGACAGUGUUCCUGGUGGAAGGACAGUGUUCCUGGCAAUAGGACAGUGUUCCUGGAAAUAGGACAGUGUUUCUGGCAAUAGGACAGUGUUCCUGGUGGUAGGACAGUGUUUCUGGUGGUAGGACAGUGUUCCUGGUGGCAGGACAGUGUUCCUGGUGGCAGGACAGUGUUCCUGGUGGCAGGACAGUGUUCCUGGCAAUAGGACAGUGUUGUUGGCGGAAGCGCAAAUCCACAGAAAUACCAUGUACUUUACCAUAUUAUACCACCAGGGGCACAACGUUCACUGGGGACGCAUCUUUGUCCCCCCCCCCCAGUUUUAUCAUUUGAAUGUGAUACAAAACAGGGCUACGGUUUGCUUUAGGACCAUGCGGACGCCUCCGAGCGGUCGGGUAGGCUAUUUGGAGUGUUUAUCUGACUGGAUAGAUUAAAACUUUAUUUCAAAAUCCAAAGUGGUGCCCCUGUAUACCACUAACCACUCUACAGCACCCCACAGGCUCUACUACCCCUAACCCCAUUACCCCUAACUCACCCCCCAUUACCCCUAACUCACCCCCCACACUACCCUAAUCACCCCCCACUACGCCCUACUCACCCCCAUUACCCCUAACUCACCCCCCAGACCCGAAACCCCCCACUACCCAAACCCCCCACUACCCAACCACCCCCCAAACUACCCCCCAAUCCGAAACCCCAACUAAAACCCCCCACGACCCCACAACCCCAAUACCCCUAACUCAACCCCCCAUUACCCUAAACUCACCCCCCCCUACCAACUAACCCCCCCCCUAACUCACCCCCCACUACCCCUAACUAACCCCCCCCCACACCCCAAUAACUCAUAAACCAAAAAACCGAACAAAACAACAGAAAACAAAAAAAACUCAAAAUAAAAACCCCAACCCCCCACAAAAACCCUAAAAACCCCCAAAAACCCCCACAAAACCCCCCCAAAAAAAAAAAAAAGAAAAAAAGAAAAACCAAAAACCAAACAACCCGAACUCACCCCCCAUCCCAAACAACCCAAAACCAAACAAACCCUAAACCAGAACCCACCAUAUAAAUAAACCCCAAUACCCUAAUAACCACUCAUAAUAAACACUACCAACCCCCAACCACCCCAAACUCACCCCCACAGACCCAAUACACCCCCACACCCAACCACCCCACUAACCCGAACCACCCCCAAAACCCUAACACCCCCAUAACCCCAAACUACCCCCACCUAAAUAACCACCAUAAAACCACCCAACACACCCUAACUCACCCCCCACAAACCCCAACCACCCCCCAACACCAAACUCACCCCCACACCCUAACACCCCCAUACACAACCACCCCAAACCCCUAACUCACCCCCCACUACCCUAAUCACCCCCCACACCCUAACUCACCCCCACACCCGACCACCCAAUACCCCAACCCACCCCCCACUACCCCGAACUCACCCCCCAUACCCCGAACCACCCCCACUACCCCAACUCACCCCCCCAGUACCCCUAACUAACCCCCCACUACCCCUAACUCACCCCCACUACCCUAAUCCACCCCCACUACCCCAACCACCCCACUACCCCGAACCACCCCCCUACACCCUAACUCACCCCCACUACCCCUAACGCACCCCCACUACCCCGAACCACCCCCCGACUGACCCCAACUCACCCCCCUACUACCCCUAACUCACCCCCAUGACCCCUAACCACCCCCCACACCCCUAACUCACCCCCCACUACCCCUACUCCCCCCCCACUACCCCUAACUCACCCCCCUACUUACCCCUAACUCCCCCCUACUACCCCUAACUCACCCCCCAUUACCCUGGCCUACCCCCCGAGUCAUAAAUCUCUUCCACCUGUAUUGUAAUCCUGUAUUGUAUUUUACAGUAUUGUACGUGUAUUGUAGUGGUCCUGUUUGUUGCUCAGUUCAUAAGAGCAUGGCACUAGCAACACCAGAGUUGCGGGUUCGAUUCCCACUGGGGUCACAUACCAAAAUGUAUUGGCUGUUGUCACUUAGGAUAAAAGUGUCUGCUACGUAAAUGGCAUAUAUUACAGUAUUACAGUACUGUAUUGGCCUAUAUUACGGUAUUACAGUACUGUAUUGGCCUAUAUUACGGUAUUACAGUACUGUAUUGGCCUAUAUUACGGUAUUACAGUACUGUAUUGGCCUAUAUUACAGUAUUACAGUACUGUAUUGACUUAUAUUACGGUAUUACAGUACUGUAUUGACUUAUAUUACGGUAUUACAGUACUGUAUUGACCUAUAUUACGGUAUUACAGUACUGUAUUGACCUAUAUUACGGUAUUACAGUACUGUAUUGGCCUAUAUUAUGGAAUUACAGUACAGUACUCGGAGCGCUACGGACAAUUCCUUUGACUUCAUGGCUUGGUUUUUGCUCUGACAUGCAUUGUCAACUGUGGGACCUUAUAUAGACAGGUGUGUGACAAAUCAUGUCCAAUCAAUUGAAUUUACCACAGGUGGACUCCAAUCAAGUUGUAGAAACAUCUUAAGGAUGAUUAAUGGAAACAGGAUGCACCUGAGCUCAAUUUCGAGUCUCAUAGCAAAGGGUCUGAAUACUUAUGUAAAUAAGGUAUUUCUGUUUAUUAUUUUUUAUAAAUUUGCAAACAUUUCUAAAAACCGGUUUUUGCUUUGUCAUUAUGGAGUAUUGUGUGUAGAUUGAUGAGGAAAAUGUUUUAUUUAAUCCAUUUUAGAAUAAGGCUGCAACGUAACAAAAUGUGGAAAAAGUCAAGGGGUCUGAAUACUUUCCGAAUACACUGUAUUGCAAUGUGUAUGAAAAUGUAUGCACUCACUAACUGUAAGUCACUCUGAAUAAGAGCGUCUGCUAAAUGACUAAAAUGUAAAAAAAUGUAAAAAAUUAAGUUUGGUGUUGUACUAAGUCAAUUGAAAAUGUGCUUAGAGUUUUGAAACAACUUCCCUUUUGUUGAUCUGUUUUGAGUUUUGUACUAAGAGUUGUGAAAAUUGACCACAUACUUGUGAAAAUUGCACCAAAAGCGAUAAAAAUAAAACUGUCAUGAAGAUAAAAUGACUUACAAACCUCUCCAGAAAAACUCCAUGGUUGUAUCCUCAGCCUGGUCUCAUAGACCAGACGUAGCAUAAUAAAUGUAAAUCCAGGACCCUCAAAUUAGGAUGAUAUGUUACGUUUGGUAUGGUUACAUGAGGCAGGUGGUUACUUAAGGCCAAAAUGAAAGUAGGGUGGGUGGUUGGUUGGUCAGUGUGAAUGGAUGGAUGGACGGGGGCAACCUAAAGGUUGUAUGUUCGAAUCUCAUCACGGACAACUUUAGCAUUUAGACCCAUGGGGCGGCGCGCAAUUGGCCCAGCGUCGUCCAGGGUAGGGGAGGGAAAGGCCGGCAGGGAUGUAGCUCAGUUGGUAGAGCAUGGCGUUUGCAACGCCAGGGUUGUGGGUUCGAUUCCCACAGGGGGUAUGAAAAAAAUGAAUAAUGUAUGCACUCACUAACUGUAAGUCGCUCUGGAUAAGAGCGUCUGCUAAAUGACUAAAAUGUAAAAUGUAAAAAUGUUAGCUAAUUAGCAAGGGUUGUGGGUUCGAUUCCCACGGGGGGCCAGUAUGAAAAUGUAUGCACUCACUAACUGUAAGUCGCUCUGAAUAAGAGCGUCUGCUAAAUGACUAAACUGUAAACUGUACUUUUUAGCUACUUUGUAACUACUUAACAUGUUAGCUAACCCAUCCCCUAACCUUAACCCUAACUCCUAUCCUAGCUAAUGUUAGCCACCUAGCUAAUGUAGUAUCGAGUAAAUACUGGCAAUUAUUGCUGAUAAACAAAGGAGUCCGCUCAUACUGAACCUUUGAUCAUAAGUUUAUUCAUAUCACAAGAUUCCAGCAUAAGUGACGGAUGUCAUGACACCCGGAGAGCAGUGUCCUCGAAUUGUAAUGUCUGCUCUAACCUCUUCUUCAUCUAGCAUAUACUUAUAAACAAUGCAAAAAUAUGGGUUGCUCCCUCUGCUGUCCAAUCACCUGUCUCCCCUGGGGCGUCACCCUACAAAUGGCUACUUUUGAACUAAGAUAAACAUCCCCUCUUUGUUCCUCUAGAAUAGUCAUAAUCUUAAUACACUACAUUCCCCCCUUCGAGACGAACUAAAAGUCUCGAAAACAAACAAAACAGGAUUAUGACAAGUAACAAUUUAUCUUAUUGAGUAUCUUUAACAUUAAACCAAAAAACAUUUUUCUCUAGAGUGUAAAUACCUUUCUAUGAAAUAUGAAUAACUGUUUAUGAAGUGUGAAUACAUCACUAUGAAAUAUGAACAAAUCUUUAUGAAGUGUGAAUACAUUACUAUGAAAUAUGAACACAUCUUUCUGGAGUGUAAGAGCGAAAAACUGUCUGGCAGCCAUCUUUCCAGAUAUCCAUCCAUCAAUCAAGACAGUAAAAUUCUCUCACGGUCCCUCUGCCCCAGGCAACCACCUAGGUACUCCCGAUGAGCUCAUAAAUCCUUAUCAAUGCAUUUGAAACUAUGAUGCAAUUAAAUACACAUGUAAGCCCCUGCAAACAAAAUACUAUCCAAAAUGUCCACUCUAAGGCUGGUCAACCCAUCGGACCCUAUAGUGGACCUCUAUCCCUGCCUAGACUCCCUGUCCCUAAGCAUUCACGAAAUAAACAAAAACAUCUAAGAUCCCCACAUCUAUUCAAUAACAUCAAAUAUCCUUCUACAAAAAUUAAUACCUAAGAAUAUGACACAAAUUAUGUAUUACACAUGCAAAUAUGUCUAUAUUUCAUUGCAGACACUGGAAUGUAGUCCACUACACUUCAUCUCCUCCGUAGUCUCCUCUUCCAAUGCAUUGUUGAUGAUGGAAUCGGAAUCUUUCCACACCUUCCUUGCUCCAUCUCCUCCAGUCAUUCUCCUUUCAUAUUGUCCCUUCAUAUUGUCCUUGUUUGAGUAUUUCCAUCUCUACAUAUUCCCCCAAAUGCUUCUGGAAGAAAAGAAAAGACCAAACAGUAUAUUUUGCAAAACAACACUUUCAAAUUAAACAUCAAUAUCAACUAAGAAUACGUUAGCGUUAGCCACCAUUACCCACAACAAAUCGGAAUUUGUAAUAUAUCAUAUGUUUUGCAAAUUCGUAACAUAUUGUAUGAAUUGCGAUUUCGUAGCAUAUCAUACAAAUUGUAAUUCUUGACAUAUCACACAAAAUGGAUGAUGGACAUCCACAAAUUAAUACAUACCAUACAAAACCUACUUCUUACCAGAACGCUAUGGCCAACUCUACAGGCCCUGGUCAAAAGUAAUGCACUACAUAGGGAAUAGGAUGGCAUUUGAAAUACAGAAUACCAACCUGGACUCAAGGGUAGACAUAACAUAUUAAAAGGAAAACCAGAACACGCCAAUUAGAAUGAUAUGUUAUGGUGGUAAUAAUAAUAAUAAUAUGCCAUUUAGUAGACGCUUUUACCCAAAGCGACUUACAGUCAUGUGUGCAUACAUUUUUACGUAUGGGUGGUCCCGGGGAUCGAACCCACUACCUUGGUAUUACAAGCGCCGUGCUCUACCAAUUGAGCUACAGAGGACACGUUAUUUGGACAGUCCAUCUGUAGCUGCUCAAAAGACUAUCUGCGGACUAUCAGUAAUAUUUAAAUCUACUAACCCUAACCCAUAUCUUAACCCUUACCCUACCCCUAACCCUAACCCAGUAUUAAUUUUGGCACUCUUAUUAAAAUGUAGUCUAGUCUUAGUCAUUUUGACUAAAAUAUCAUUAAAUCGUUAGUCGUAUUUUUGUAAUUUGAAUAAUGAUUUCGUCUAGUUAUUGUUAAAGUGACAAAAACAGUCUAUCAUUUUAGUAAACUAAAUGCCCUUUAAUUCUUGUUACAUUUUAGUCCCAUAACAUUUGCAUUGCAUCUUUAACCUAUAGUAAACAUAAAUCCCUGACUUCCAUGUGCACAAACAUACAUACCCUUGUCCUACCAACAUAUUGUUCUGCAUAACAUCCUAUUUUUUCCCAAAAGCAGAAAUAUGACAAACAUAUAUUAGAAUAAUGUUAUAUUAUAUAAGAAUUAUCUGGCCAUGUAAAUCCCUAAUUCAGCUUACAUGUAUAUUAUACAUUACAAACAAAUCAAACAGACACACACAAGUAGUGAUGUAAAUGUAAAUGUAGAGAGAGAGAGAGAGAGAGAGAGAAUCACCAGAUGGUGCCUUAAGAAAGUAUUCAUAUCCCUUCAUUCCCUUAUAUUCCCUUAUUUCAUUUGACUUUAUUCCAAAUGUUGUGUUUUCUCACCCAUCAUCUGCACACAAAUCAAAUCAAAUCAAAUCAGAUGUUAUUUGCCAUAUUCGCCGAAUACAACAGGUGUAGUAGACCUUACAGUGAAAUGCUUACUUUACAAGCCCUGAACCAGCAAUGCAGUUUCAAGAAAAGAAAAAAAGUGUUAACUAAAAAAUUGAUAAGUAAAAAAUAAUUAAAGAGCAGCAGUAAAAUAAAACAACAGUAGGGAGGCAAUAUACAGGGGGGUACCGGUACAGAGGCAAUGUGCACCGGUUCAUCAAAGUAAUUGAGAUAAUACGUACAUGUAGGUAGAGUUAAAGUGACUAUGCAUAGAUAAUAAACAAAAUAGCAGCAGCGUAAAAUAGGGGGUGGGGUGGGGGGGGACAAUGCAAAUAGUCCGGGUAGCCAUGAUUAGCUGUACAGGAGUCUUAUGGCUUGGGGGUAGAAGCUGUUAAGAAGCCUUUUGGACCUAGACUUGGCGCUCCGGUACCGCUUGUCGUGCGGUAGCAGAGAAAACAGUCUAUGACUAGGGUGGCUGGAGUCUUUGACAAUUUGUAGGGCCUUCCUCUGACUCCGCAUGGUAUAGAGGUCCUGGAUGGCAGGAAGCUUGGCCCCAGUGAUGUACUGGGCCGUACACACUACCCUCUGUAGUGCCUUGCGGUCGGAGGCCGAGCAGUUGCCAUACCAAGCGGUGAUGCAACCACUCAGGAUGCUCUUGUUGGUGCAGCUGUAUAACUUUUUGAGGAUCUGAGGACCCAUGCCAAAUCUUUUCAGUCUCCUGAGGGGGAAUAGGCUUUGUCGUGCCCUCUUCACGACUGUCUUGGUGUGUUUGGACCAUGUUAGUUUGUUGGUGAUGUGGACACCAAGGAACUUGAAGCUCUCAACCUGGUCCACUACAGCCCUGUCGAUGAGAAUGGGGGCGUGCUCAGUCCUCUUUUUUUUCCUGUAGACCACAAUCAUCUCCUUUGUCUUGGUCACGUUGAGGGAGAGGUUGUUAUCCUGGCACCACACCACCAGGUCUCUGACCUCCUCCCUAUAGGCUGUCUCAUCGUUGUCGGUGAUCAGGCCUGCCACUGUUGUGUCAUCGGCAAACUUAAUGAUGGUAUUGGAGUCGUGCCUGGCCAUGCAGUCAUGGGUGAACAGGGAGUACAGGAGGGGACUGAGCAUGCACCCCUGAGGGGCCCCCGUGUUGAGGAUCAGCGUGGCAGAUGUGUUGUUACCAACCCUUACCACCUAGGGGCGGCCAUUCAGGAAGUCCAGGAUCCAGUUGCAGAGGGAGGUGUUUAGUCCCAGGGUCCUUAGCUUAGUGAUGAGCUUUGUGGGCACAUAAUGAGAAAACAUGUUUUUAGAAACAUGUUUUUAGAAAUAUUUGCAAUUUUAUUGAAAAUGAAGUACAGAAAUAUCUCAUUUACAUAAGUAUUCAUAUCCCUUUGCUAUGACACUCCGAAUUGUGCUCAGGUGCAUCUAAUUUCCAUUGAUCAUCCUUGAGAUGUCGCUACAACUUGAUUGGAGUCCACCUGUGGCCGAUUCAAAUGUUUGGAUGUGAUUUAGAAAGAAAAACACCUGUCUAUAUAAGGUCCCACAGUUGACAAUGUCAGAGCAGGAACUAUUCCAUGAAGUCCAUAGAAGGAACUGUCUGUAGAUCUCCGAGAUAGAAUUGUGAUGAGGCACCAGUCAAAAGUUUGGACACACCUACUCAUGCAAGAGUUUUUCUUGAUUUGUAAAAUUUUUCAAAUUGUAGAAUAAUAGUGAAGACAUCAAAACUAUGAAAUAACACAUAUGGAAUCAUGUCGUAAACAAGAAAGUGUUAAACAAAUCAAAAUAUAUUUUAUAUUUGAGAUUCUUGAAACAGCCACCCUUUGCAUUGAUGACAGCUUUGCCACCAAAGGUGCUGACAAAAAGUAUUGACCCAGGGAUGUGAAUAAUUAUGUAAAUGAGAUUUCUGUAUUUCAUUUUCAAUACAUUUGCUAACAUUUCAAAAAUAUAUAUUUUCACUUUGUCAUUAUGGGGUAUUGUGUUUGUGUGUAGAUGGGUGUGAGAAAAAAAGGCUGUACACAACAAAAUGUGGAAGAAGUCUAGGGGUAUGAGUACUUUCUUAAAGCACUGUAAAUCAAAUGAAAACGUGAUUGCCUCACAGCAAUGGGUCAGUAGGUGUGGUUCGCUCGGCACAGCAGACGACGGAUAGUGAUCAUGUGGAUUAAACUACAUUUAGCCUUGUCUCCAGGGAUUGUGCUUGGCUAGGCGCUGCUAUACCCUGAGCCAAAACCCUGACAGUGGAGCCAGAGGUUGUGUGCUAAAGGGCACCCUUUUCCCAACGUAGUGCACUAGCUUUGACCAGGGCCCAUAGGACUAUGGUCAAAAGUAGUGCACUAUAUAGGGAAUAUGGUGCCAUUUGGGACACUUCUAGAGAGAGAGAGAGAGAGAGAGAAAAAGACAGAUGAUGAAGAUGUGGUGGAGAGAACCAGUAGUCCCUGAUCCGCUGCCUUACUGUGGAGGAGAGAAACAGUAGUCCCUGAUCCGCUGCCUUACUGUGGAGGAGAGAGACAGUAGUCCCUGAUCCGCUGCCUUACUGUGGAGGAGAGAGACAGUAGUCCCUGAUCCGCUGCCUUACUGUGGAGGAGAGAACCAGUAGUCCCUGAUCCGCUGCCUCACUGUGGUGGAGAGAACCAGUAGUCCCUGAUCCGCUGCCUUACUGUGGAGGAGAGAAACAGUAGUCCCUGAUCCGCUGCCUUACUGUGGAGGAGAGAAACAGUAGUCCCUGAUCCGCUGCCUUACUGUGGAGGAGAGAACCAGUAGUCCCUGAUCCGCUGCCUUACUGUGGAGGAGAGAACCAGUAGUCCCUGAUCCGCUGCCUUACUGUGGAGGAGAGAACCAGUAGUCCCUGAUCCGCUGCCUUACUGUGGAGGAGAGAACCAGUAGUCCCUGAUCCGCUGCCUUACUGUGGAGGAGAGAACCAGUAGUCCCUGAUCCGCUGCCUUACUGUGGAGGAGAGAAACAGUAGUCCCUGAUCCGCUGCCUUACUGUGGAGGAGAGAAACAGUAGUCCCUGAGAUACUGCCUUACUGUGGAGGAGAGAAACAGUAGUCCCUGAUCCGCUGCCUUACUGUGGAGGAGAGAACCAGUAGUCCCUGAUUCGCUGCCUUACUUUGGAGGAGAGAAACAGUAGUCCCUGAUCCGCUGCCUUACUGUGGAGGAGAGAACCAGUAGUCCCUGAUCCGCUGCCUUACUGUGGAGGAGAGAAACAGUAGUCCCUGAUCCGCUGCCUUACUGUGGAGGAGAGAACCAGUAGUCCCUGAUCCGCUGCCUUACUGUGGAGGAGAGAAACAGUAGUCCCUGAUCCGCUGCCUCACUGUGGAGGAGAGAAACAGUAGUCCCUGAUCCGCUGCCUCACUGUGGAGGAGAGAAACAGUAGUCCCUGAUCCGCUGCCUUACUGUGGAGGAGAGAAACAGUAGUCCCUGAUCCGCUGCCUUACUGUGGAGGAGAGAACCAGUAGUCCCUGAUCCGCUGCCUUACUCUGGAGGAGAGAAACAGUAGUCCCUGAGAUACUGCCUUACUUUGGAGGAGAGAAACAGUAGUCCCUGAUCCGCUGCCUUACUGUGGAGGAGAGAAACAGUAGUCCCUGAUCCGCUGCCUCACUGUGGAGGAGAGAACCAGUAGUCCCUGAUCCGCUGCCUUACUGUGGAGGAGAGAACCAGUAGUCCCUGAUCCGCUGCCUUACUGUGGAGGAGAGAACCAGUAGUCCCUGAUCCGCUGCCUUACUGUGGAGGAGAGAACCAGUAGUCCCUGAUCCGCUGCCUUACUGUGGAGGAGAGAAACAGUAGUCCCUGAUCCGCUGCCUUACUGUGGAGGAGAGAACCAGUAGUCCCUGAUCCGCUGCCUUACUGUGGAGGAGAGAACCAGUAGUCCCUGAUCCGCUGCCUUACUGUGGAGGAGAGAACCAGUAGUCCCUGAUCCGCUGCCUUACUUUGGAGGAGAGAAACAGUAGUCCCUGAUCCGCUGCCUUACUGUGGAGGAGAGAACCAGUAGUCCCUGAUCCGCUGCCUUACUGUGGAGGAGAGAAACAGUAGUCCCUGAUCCGCUGCCUUACUGUGGAGGAGAGAACCAGUAGUCCCUGAUCCGCUGCCUUACUGUGGAGGAGAGAAACAGUAGUCCCUGAUCCGCUGCCUCACUGUGGAGGAGAGAAACAGUAGUCCCUGAUCCGCUGCCUCACUGUGGAGGAGAGAAACAGUAGUCCCUGAUCCGCUGCCUUACUGUGGAGGAGAGAAACAGUAGUCCCUGAUCCGCUGCCUUACUGUGGAGGAGAGAAACAGUAGUCCCUGAUCCGCUGCCUUACUGUGGAGGAGAGAAACAGUAGUCCCUGAUCCGCUGCCUUACUGUGGAGGAGAGAGACAGUAGUCCCUGAUCCGCUGCCUUACUGUGGAGGAGAGAAACAGUAGUCCCUGAUCCGCUGCCUUACUGUGGAGGAGAGAAACAGUAGUCCCUGAUCCGCUGCCUCACUGUGGAGGAGAGAAACAGUAGUCCCUGAUCCGCUGCCUUACUGUGGAGGAGAGAACCAGUAGUCCCUGAUCCGCUGCCUCACUGUGGAGGAGAGAACCAGUAGUCCCUGAGAUAUUGCCUUACUCGAUCCAUAUGGCAGGAAAUACCCACCUCACAGUUAUCAGGGAAGAGGAGAGAGAGGGAGAUCUACCCAUAAAGCAGUGGUGGGAAAAGUACUUGAUUGUUAUAUUUGAGUAAAAAAUAAAGAUACAUUAAGGUCGAUGUCCACUUAUCCCGAUGAAAUCGAAUUAGCAUUAAAAUCACAAUUUAACCAACACCCAUCUAUUGUUGUGACUACCUGGACCUACCAAUUGGUUUUGAAGUAUUGAAACCAAACCAUGUGGAUUUGAAUGAAAAGCAUUUGAAUAAACAUGAAAAGGUGAAUGUAAGAAGCGAACAUAAUUUUUAAAUAGGAUACAUGUCGUAUUAAAACAGCAUAUAAACACUCUAAAUGGGUCAGGAGCCAGACAGGGAGCCUAAGAAGGAACAAAAAUGAAUUAUUAAGGCUAUAUUAUUUCAAUAUAACCUACAAAGAAAUAUAUUGUGAAUUAGUAGCCAGUGCGACACAACAGGCUGAUAGGGACAUUAAGCGCUCAGCAUUUAAUCAACGUUUUGCUGUAUUAAAUCAUUAUAGUCUAUACAUUGCGCAUACAGGCCGUGACUUACUAAGAAUUAAAUACAAAUUCAACAAAAAAUGACUUUUAAAUUCAUUUUUUGAAUUCAUUUAGUAGAAACACGAGUUUGGCCAGUCUGUGGCUUUAGGCUAAUGCGAUGGUGCCUGGAGAGCCGGCCAGCAGCAGAGAACAUCCUCUCCAUGGUGCCUGGAGAGCUGGCCAGCAGCAGAGAACAUCCUCUCCAUGGUGCCUGGAGAGCUGGCCAGCAGCGGAGAACAUCCUCUCCAUGGUACCUGGAGAGCAGGCCAGCAGCGGAGAACAUCCUCUCCAUGGUACCUGGAGAGCAGGCCAGCAGUGGAGAACAUCCUCUCCAUGGUACCUGGAGAGCAGGCCAGCAGUGGAGAACAUCCUCUCCAUGGUACCUGGAGAGCAGGCCAGCAGUGGAGAACAUCCUCUCCAUGGUGCCUGGAGAGCCGGCCAGCAGCGGAGAACAUCCUCUCCAUGGUGCCUGGAGAGCUGGCCAGCAGUGGAGAACAUCCUCUCCAUGGUGCCUGGAGAGCAGGCCAGCAGCGGAGAACAUCCUCUCCAUGGUGCCUGGAGAGCAGGCCAGCAGUGGAGAACAUCCUCUCCAUGGUACCUGGAGAGCAGGCCAGCAGCGGAGAACAUCCUCUCCAUGGUGCCUGGAGAGCAGGCCAGCAGCGGAGAACAUCCUCUCCACGCUUGAAGAGCCACCGGGGAUACUAAACACCCUUUUGGCCACGCUUGCCAGGCUGGGCAGAGACACAGUUUUUUGUUUUUUUUGUUUCUAUAGGUAGGCCUAAAGGUUUUUAGGCAAAAUAACCCAAUCAAAACGGAAAGCUCCUUGAACGUGGGAAUAUACCAGGCCUAUUGAGCCAAAAUCAAUGAUGGCCUAUUGUAUAGAUAAUAGAACGAAAAUGAACGAAAUGUUUAAGAGAUCUGAUUUUUAGUUUAUAAAUACUUUGCUACAAUGACACAGUUAUCUACCCACCUCGUUCUUUUAGCAUGUGAACGUAGUAAGUACACCAUCAUGCUUUCGGGGUACGUGUCUUUUCAGAUUCCACAAUGAUUAUUUAGUCGUGGACACUACAUCACCACACUCUCUUGCUCUUGGUCCUCAUCUUCGUAAGUCACCUUGAUUUAGCACCUGUGUGUUUUAUCAGUUUCUUUAUGAAAAUAUUUAGUGAACUCCAUGACAGUAGCUAAAGCAAGGGGCUACAGCAGCACACAAGUAGACUACAGAUGCAUGCUGGGACGGAGCACGCUUUGAGUUCAGGAAGAGAACGCUACUGGAGAACUACUGGGGCCGAAUUGGAGCGGGCGAGAAGGCCGAAUUGGAGCGGGCGAGAAGGCCGAAUUGGAGCGGGCGAGAAGGCCGAAUUGGAGCGGGCGAGAAGGCCGAAUUGGAGCGGGCGAGAAGGCCGAAUUGGAGCGGGCGAGAAGGCCGACGCUCCAGUCUUUUGGAAUCUCGCUCCAGUCAAAUUGGGCUCCGCUCUUCGCUCCGGCUCCGCACUUCGCUCCGGCUCCGCUCCGCUCAAAUACUGGUACUGGUCUGAUGUCGGUACAGCUGAUCUGCCAACUUCUGUCUGAAAAUACGACCCCUCUGUGCAAUGAAAUGUUUGCAAAUGUAUAAAAAACAGAAAUACCUUAGUUACAUAAGUAUUCAGACCCUUUCCUAUGAGACUGGAAAUGGAGCUCAGGUGCAUCCUGUUUCCGUUGAUCAUCCUUGAGAUGUUUAUACAACUUGAUUGGAGUCCACCUGUGGUAAAUUCAAUUGAUUGGAAAUGAUUUGGAAAGGCACACACGUCUAUAUAAGGUCCCACAGAUGACAGUGCAUGUCAGAGCAAAAACCAAGCCAUGAGGUCGAAGGACAGCAUUGUGUCGAGGCACAGAUCUGGGGAAGGGCACCAAAAAAAUUCUGCAGCAUUGAAAGUCCUCAAGAACACAGUGGUCUCCAUCAUUCUAAAAUGGAAGAAGUUUGGAACCACCAAGUCUCUUUUUAGAGCUGGACUCCAUGCCAAUUUGAGCAAUCGGGGGAGAAGAGCCUUGGUCAGGGAGGUGAGCAAGAACCCGAUGGUCACUCUGACAGAGCUCUAGAGUUCCUCUGUGGAGAUGGGAGAACCUUCCAGAAGGACAACCAUCUCUGCAGCACUCCACCAAUCAGGCCUUUAUGGUAGAGUGGCCAGACGGAAGCCACUCCUCAGUAAAAGGCACACGACAGCCUGCUUGGAGUUUGCCAAAAGUCACCUAAAGACUCUCAGACCAUGGAAAACAAGAUUCUCUGGUCUGAUGAAACCAAGAUUGAACUCUUUGGCCCGAAUGCCAAGCAUCACGUCUGGAGGAAACCUGGCACCAUCCCUAAAGUGAAGCAUGGUGGUGGCAGCAUCAUGCUUUGGGGAUGUUUUUCAGUGGCAGGAUUGGGAGACUAGUCAGGAUCGAGGGAAAGAUGAACGGAGCAAAGUAGAGAGAGAUCCUUGAUGAAAACCUGCUCCAGAGCGCUCAGGACCUCAGACAGGGGCGAAGGUUCACCUUCCAACAGGACAACGACCCUAAGCACACAGCCAAGACAAUGCAUUAGUGGCUUCAGGACAAGUCUCUGAAUGUCCUUGAGUGGCCCAGCCAGAGCCCGGACUUGAACCCGAUCGAACAUCUCUGGAGAGCCCUGAAAAUAGCUGUGCAGAGCUUGUGCAGAGCUUGAGAGGAUCUGCAGAGAUGAAUGGGAGAAACUCCCCAAAUACAGUUGUGCCAAGCUUGUAGCGUCAUACCCAAGAAGACUUGAUGAUGUAAUCGUUACCAAAGGUGCUUCAACAAAGUAUUUGACCAGUAGUCUAUAUAUACAGUGGGGAAAAAAGUAUUUAGUCAGCCACCAAUUGUGCAAGUUCUCCCACUUAAAAAGAUGAGAGAGGCCUGUAAUUUUCAUCAUAGGUACACAUCAACUAUGACAGACAAAUUGAGGAAAGAAAUCCAGAAAAUCACAUUGUAGGAUUUUUAAUGAAUUUAUUUGCAAAUUAUGGUGGAAAAUAAGUAUUUGGUCACCUACAAACAAGCAAGAUUUCUGCCUGUAACUUCUUCUUUAAGAGGCCCCUCUGUCCUCCACUCGUUACCUGUAUUAAUGGCACCUGUUUGAACUUGUUAUCAGUAUAAAAGACACCUGUCCACAACCUCAAACAGUCACACUCCAAACUCCACUAUGGCCAAGACCAAAGAGCUGUGAAAGGACACCAGAAACUAAAUUGUAGACCUGCAACAGGCUGGGAAGACUGAAUCUGCAAUAGGUAAGCAGCUUGGUUUGAAGAAAUCAACUGUGGGAGCAAUUGUUAGGAUAUGGAAGACAUACAAGACCACUGAUAAUCUCCCUCGAUCUGGGGCUCCACGCAAGAUCUCACCCCGUGGGGUCAAAAUGAUCACAAGAACGGUGAGCAAAAAUCCCAGAACCACACGGGGGGACCUAGUGAAUGACCUGCAGAGAGCUGGGACCAAAGUAACAAAGCCUACCAUCAGUAACACACUACGCCGCCAGGGACUCAAAUCCUUCAGUGCCAGACGUGUCCCCCUGCUUAAGCCAGUACAUGUCCAGGCCCAUCUGAAGUUUGCUAGAGUGCAUUUGGAUGGUCCAGAAGAGGAUUGGGAGAAUGUCAUAUGGUCAGAUGAAACCAAAUAGAACUUUUUGGUAAAAACUCAACUCGUCGUGUUUGGAGGACAAAGAAUGCUGAGUUGCAUUCAAAGAACACCAUACCUACUGUGAAGCAUGGGGGUGGAAACAUCAUGCUUUGGGGCUGUUUUUCUGCAAAGGGACCAGGACGACUGAUCCGUGUUAAGGAAAGAAUGAAUGGGGCCAUGUAUCGUGAGAUUUUGAGUGAAAACCUCCUUCCAUCAGCAAGGGCAUUGAAGAUGAAACGUGGCUGGGUCUUUCAGCAUGACAAUGAUCCCAAACACACCGCCCGGGCAACGAAGGAGUGGCUUCGUAAGAAGCAUUUCAAGGUCCUGGAGUGGCCUAGCCAGUCUCCAGAUCUCAACCCCAUAGAAAAUCUUUGGAGGGAGUUGAAAGUCCGUGUUGCCCAGCGACAGCCCCAAAACAUCACUGCUCUAGAGAAGAUCUGCAUGGAGGAAUGGGCCAAAAUACCAGCAACAGUUUGUGAAAACCUUGUGAAGACUUACAGAAAACGUUUGACCUGUGUCAUUGCCAACAAAGGGUAUAUAACAAAGUAUUGAGAAACUUUUGUUAUUGACCAAAUACUUAUUUUCCACCAUAAUUUGCAAAUAAAUUCAUAAAAAAUCCUACAAUGUGAUUUUCCGGAGAAAAAAAAACUCAUUUUGUCUGUCAUAGUUGACGUGUACCUAUGAUGAAAAUUACAGGCCUCUCUCAUCUUUUUAAGUGGGAGAACUUGCACAAUUGAUGGCUGACUAAAUACUUUUUUUCCCCACAGUAUAUACACAUCUUUUUAAAAUAUAUUUUCCUUGAUUAUUUUCCACUAGCACUACCAACCCUCCCCUAAUCGGAGUAAACUAAUGAACAGCAACACUUAGGCUUCUACUUCCAGCUUAAACAUACUAUAUACAUUUUACAGACACAAGAGGGGAGGAGAGGGAGGCCUACCCAUCUAGAGAGGGGAGAGGAGAGGGAGGCCUACCUAUCUAGAGAGGGGAGAGGAGAGGGAGGCCUACCUAUCUAGAGAGAGGAGAGGAGAGGGAGGCCUACCCAUCUAGAGAGAGGAGAGGGAGGUCUACCCAUCUAGAGAUGGGAGUGAAUAAGCAAAUGGCGCCGGAGAAGAUGGCUGCCGUUUUACAGCCCUCUAACCAAUUGUACUAUUAUGUGUGUUUUUUCGCGUUAUUUGUAAUUUAUUCUGUACAUAAUGUUUCUGCCACCGUCUCUUAUGACCAAAAAGAGAUUCUGGAUAUCAGGACAGCGAUUACUCACCUCGUAUUGGACGAAGAUUUUUUCUUCAACGAGUUGGACACGAAGGAUAUUCUACAGACACCCGACAAGGCCCAAAUCUCUGUCAUUCGCAUGAGAAAGAGACUGAGAUAUCGUGGACAUACAGUGAGGGAAAAAAGUAUUUGAUCCCCUGCUGAUUUUGUACGUUUGCCCACUGACAAAGAAAUGAUCAGUCUAUAUUUUUAAUGGUAGGUUUAUUUGAACAGUGAGAGACAGAAUAACAACAACAAAAAAUCCAAAAAAACAAAUGUCAAAAAUGUUAUAAAAUGAUUUGCAUUUUAAUGAGGGAAAUAAGUAUUUGACCCCUCUGCAAAACAUGACUUAGUACUUGGUGGCAAAACCCUUGUUUUUGCAGAUCUUCUCCAAGUAAUUAAGGUUUCGAGGCUGACGUUUGGCAACUCGACCUUCAGCUCCCUCCACAGACUUUCUAUGGGAUUAAGGUCUGGAGACUGGCUAGGCCACUCCAGGACCUUAAUGUGCUUCUUCUUGAGCAACUCCUUUGUUGCCUUGGCGGUGUGUUUUGGGUCAUUGUCAUGCUGGAAUACCCAUCUACGACCCAUUUUCAAUACCCUGGCGAGGGAAGGAGGUUCUCACCCAAGAUUUGACGGUACAUGGCCCCGUCCAUCGUCCCUUUGAUGCGGUGAAGUUGUCCUGUCCCCAUAGCAGAAAAACACCCCCAAAGCAUAAUGUUUCCACCUCCAUGUUUGACGGUGGGGAUGGUGUUCUUGGGGUCAUAGGCAGCAUUCCUCCUCCUCCAAACACGACAAGUUGAGUUGAUGCCAAAGAGAUCCAUUUUAGUCUCAUCUGACCACAACACUUUCACCCAGUUCUCCUCUGAAUCAUUCAGAUGUUCAUUGGCAAACUUCAGACGGGCCUGUAUAUGUGCUUUCUUGAGCAGGGGGACCUUGCGGGCGCUGCAGGAUUUCAGUCCUUCAUGGCGUAGUGUGUUACCAAUUGUUUUCUUGGUGACUAUGGUCCCAGCUGCCUUGAGGAAAGGGGAAAGAAUGAAGCUCUAUCUCUGGGGAAAGAAACAAGCUCUAUCUCUGUAUAAACAGGUUGACUUCAUAGGAUGUUUCGGUUCACCUCUGGAAACCAGAAAAUCCUGCUUCUUCCUGUCAUGUCUCUUUAGUUGUGCUAGACUGGGAUCUCCUCCAUAUCCCCAGGUUUGUCCUGCAAUGAAAUGUGAAAACAAGACAUGACAAAGACAUUUUUUUUUUUUUUUUUUUUUUUUAUGUCAUUUUAGCAGACGCUCUUAUCCAGAACGACUUACAGGAGCAAUUAGGGUUAAGUGCCUUGCGCAAGGGCACAUCGACAGAUUUUUCACCUAGUCGGCUCGGGGAUUAGAACCAGCGACCUUUCGGUUACUGGCACAACGCUCUUAACCACUAAGCUACCUGCCGCCCCUAAUCUAUUAUCAUAGAUUAUAAUCAUUGAUGUAAAUUCAGUCAACAAUACAUUUGCAAAAUUCCGGUAACUUUUCCUAAAUGUUUUCCAUCAAUCCUGGUUGAAAGAUUCACGUAAUCAGGAGGGAAUACUGUAAUCAGGAAAUCCUCUGACCGGGAUGUCUGGAAAAUGUGGGAUUUUUGGGAAAGUUACUCACCAGUGUCUGUUAAUUUAAUUCACAAUAUUCCCCUCAGAUGCAUCACUUGGUGCAAAACAAUAACCAGCCCCAACCACCUGAAGCUCCCAUCAACACAGCAAAACGAACUGUGCAUUCCCCCCAGAAAAAACACAACAGAAUGACAGGUCAGCGGCAUGAUUUCAUAAAUGGCACCGUAUUCUUCUUAUAGUGCAUGGGUUAUAGUUAUGGGUUCUGGUCAAAAGUAGUGCACCAAAUAGAGAACAGGGUGCCAUUUUGGACGCAGAUAUGGUUCAUGAUGAGCGGUAACUGCUGGCACGUCAACCGCUAACACUUCCUCAGUGUAGCGUGCCAGCUUUAGCCUCUUGUUCUGUCAAAGCCAGGCUUAUUUUUUUCAGGGUUUUCCCACUCAUAAAAAUGCCGCUGUUUGGCUUGUUGUCUCCCGUCUUGACAGUUAUGAAUUGUGUCCCAAAUGGCACCCUGUUCUCUCCAUAGUGCACUACUGAUGACUAAUGUGAUGCACUAUGGGAAUUAGGGUGUCAUUUGGGACGCAGGCAGGGAGGUGGAGGGUUGUGUUGUUUACUGAUGGCUGGGUGCGUUGUGGUGUGUCUGUAAUGGGGUGUGUGUGUGUGUGUGUGUGAUUGGACAGGGAGACGGGGAGACGGGGAGACGGGGAUCAGUUGGUCGGUUGGUUGGGGAAUGAGCAGUAUGGAGAGUGACAGCUGAGAAGCUCGGUCGAAGGGAAACACAUCUGUCAUUGAUUUAACGUGUGGCCCAGUAAACAGACCUAUGGCGUGGGUGCAGAAUAUCGCUCACACACAACACACACACACACACACACACACACACACACACACACACACACACACACACACUCCACCCUCACACACGGCCCCACCCUCUUCCAACCAGGCCUACACACAGUCAAUAUGAGUGGACUGGUACAGUUAAAUCAUUGAUUUGAACCUACUGCAGCGUUUCCCAAACUCGACCCCAAGGGUUGCAAUUUUUUAUUUAAUUUUUCCUACAAAACCUGAUUCAAAUGAUGAUUGCUUGAUGAUGAGUUGACUAUUUUAAUCAGCUGUGUAGUGAUAGGGCGAAAAACUAAACGUGCACCCCUUGGCGUCCUGAGUUUGGGAAACCCUGCCCCUACUGAAUGGAAGCACGCUCAAUUAUAGACGCUGAUUACAUCAUACAGUAUUCUAAAUUAGAGGGUAAAAUGGCGCCAUUAUGUUUUAUGGACAUUGUCAGUUCUUCAACCAAAAAAAACACUCACCAUGAAGAUUAUGUUCACAUGCAGAAUCCCAUUGUACAGGCUGCCCAUCAGAUCACUAUGCACUCACACAGAUGGGGUUUUCAAUAAACAAUUAUUUAGAGGCCAAAACAAAAUAAUUUACUCAAUUUCUGUAGCGCUUUGCUUUGCCAUAACCACAACUUUGACCAUUUCUGUUUGUUCUGGGAGCUCAUGCCAGUACUCAGGACUCAGACAAAGUUACUCAUCACACAAGCUCCAUUACAUGAGCUGAGCAGUGCUGUACAGGUCUCAGGCAGAGUUACUCAUCACACAAGCUACAUUACAUGAGCCUGGCCUCUCUCUUCUCUCAGCCUGGCCUCUCUCUUCUCUCAGCCUGGUCUCUCUCUCUCCUCUCAGCCUGUCCUCUCUCUUCUCUCAGCCUGGCCCCUCUCUCCUCUCAGCCUGGCCCCUCUCUCCUCUCAGCCUGCUCUCUCUCUCCUCUCAGCCUGUCCUUUCUCCUCUCAGCCUAGCCUCUCUCUCCUGCUAUGAGGGAAAAGCCAAUGGCUUGACAUCCCUCACCUCUCUGCCUCUUUCUAUCUCUACCUCUCUCUCUCUCUCUUCCUGACUCCCUCCCACAUUCUAUUUUUUCCUCUCCCUCUGUCUCUCUCUUUCUCUCUCCCCUUACAUCAACCCUCUCCUCCAUCACUCCUCUUUCCCCUUCCACACUUCUCCCCUCCCUCCCUCCCUCCCUCCCUCUCUCAUUCCUCAGACUGAUACCCAGGAUCAAUAGUGCCUUUCCCCUUCAGCCCUCAGGGUCAUAAAUCAGAUUCAGUGCGGGUGUGCAUCCCAAAUGGGACCCUAUCCCCUGUAUAGUGCACUACUUUUGACCAGGCCAGAUAGGUGCACUAUAUAGGGAAUAGGGUGCAAUUUGGGAUGCAGAUGGGUCCUCCUGAAGGAAGGAAGGAUGCCUCCACAAAAAACAUCCCAAUACAAGCCUCUCUCUCUAAGCCUUAGUGUGAGCCGGGGCAGGAAGGUGAGGACAGUUUAACUGGCUGUUCCCAAUAACAAGCCCAGAUCCUUGGGCCGUACAAAAGAGAUGGGCGCUAGUGGUUGUCUUAGGAGGUACAGAGAGAGGGAUAAAUAAGAUGGUAACAUUAAGCUGUCACCUCAGGGUACACACACAGAGAGAGAGAAACAGACAGACACACACACACACACACACACACACACACACACACACACACACCAAAAACACACACACACACACACACCAAACACACACACACACACACACAAUACACACACAAUACAAUACAAUACACGUUCUGCUGUCACCUCAGGGUACACACAGAGAGAGAGAAACAGACACACACACACACACACACACACACACACACACACACCACACACACACACACACCAAACACACACACACACACCAAACACACACACACACACCAAACACACACACACACACACACCAAACACACACACACACACACACACACACACACACACACACACACACACACACACACACACACACCAAACACACACACACACACACACACACACACCAAACACACACACACACACACCAAACACACACACACACACAAUACACACACAAUACAAUCCACGCUCUCUUAGAAACAUUUGACUGAUGGUUAGGGACAGCCCUGCGUAGUUAUUCCGUUAUUCCAGUGACGUGUAUGCGGUAGGGCGAAGUCAAGAGCAGGACGCCGAGCUACUGGCAGAAAACUUUACUGCAAAUUACAAAGUGCACAGGCAACCUCAAACAGCGAGGGAAAUAACAAGACCCGUACACAUGGGCAACUGCCGCAAAGACCAAAAAAACAAUAACGCACAAUACACAAUGAGGAACAGAGGGUUAUAAAGGGAACACAAUAAAACAUCAUGGGAAACAGGUGUAAACAAUAAAGACCAAACAAGACAAACACCGAAACAUCGAUCGGCAGCAGCUAGUACUCCGGGGACGACGAACGCCGAAGCCUGCCCGAGCAAGGAGGAGGAGCAGCCUCGGCUGAAUCCGUGACAACUUCCAUGUUUUUAAAUGCAGGGCAGUAGGUUAGGCAGGCUAUGGCCGGCACGGCGGCUGGAAAUGUAAAUUGCUUUCGUUUUUAUAAUUGGGAGUAUUUUGAUUCUUUCAACAGGGGACCACUGAACGUCUGCAGGAAAAAUAUAUCAACGUGUUAAGAAUAUUUAAAUAUUUCAUCACGUGACUACAGCACUUCAAUAUGCUUUGUGUCGUUGUCCAAUAGUGUGUGGUUAGAAACAUUUUGCUUAUCCACGAACCACAAGCCACUCGAGGGACUUUGAAAGGGAAACAAAAAAAAAAAACGGGCAUUGUCUUUGUCCCAAAUGGCACCCCAUUCCCUAUAUAGUGCACUACUUACGGAAUAGGAUGCCGCAUGAGAUGCAGAUAUACAAAACAUUAUGAACACCUGCUCUUUCGACAUAGACUGACCAGGUGAGAGCUGUGAACCCUUAUUGAUGUUGCUUGUUAAAUCCACUUCAGUCAGUGUAGAUGAAGGGGAGGAGACAGGUUAAAUAAUUAUUUUUAAGCCUUGAGACAAUUGAGACAUGGAUUGUGUACAGUCGUGGUCAAAAGUUUUGAGAAUGACACAAAUACUAAUUUGUCUGCCGCCUCAGUUUUGAUGAUGGCAAUUUGCAUAUACUCCAGAAUGUCAUGAAGAGUGAUCAGAUGAAUUGCAAUUAAUUGCAAAGUCCCUCUUUUCCAUGAAAAUGAACUUAAUCCCCCAAAAACAUGUCCACUGCGUUUCAGCCCUGCCACCUAAAUCAACCAUUUUUCUGAUCAUCAAGAACUUCAAUUGUUGUGAAGAAGGCGUCAGGGCGCCCAAGGAAGUCCAGCAAGCGCCAGGACCGUCUCCUAAAGUUGAUUCAGCUGCGGGAUCGGGGCACCACCAGUGCAGAGGUUGCUCAGGAAUGGCAGCAGACAGGUGUGAGUGCAUCUGCACGCACAGUGAGGCAAAGACUUUUGGGAGGAUGGCCUGGUGUCAAGAAGGGCAGCAAAGAAGCCACCUCUCUCCAGGAAAAACAUCAGGGACCGACUGAUAUUCUGCAAAAGGUACAGGGAUUGGACUGCUGAGGAUUGGAGUAAGGUCAUUUUCUCUGAUGAAUACCCUUUCCGAUUGUUUGGGGCAUCCGGAAAAUACCUUGUCCGGAGAAGACAAGGUGAGCGCUACCAUCAGUCCUGUGUCAUGCCAACAGUAAAGCAUCCUGAGACCAUUCAUGUGUGGGGUUGCUUCUCAGCCAAGGGAGUGGGCUCACUCACAUUUUUGCCUAAGAACACAGCCAUGAAUAAAGAAUGGUAUCAACACAUCCUCUGAGAGCAACUUCUCCCAACCAUCCAAGAACAGUUUGGUGACGACCAAUGCCUUUUCCAGCAUGAUGGCGCACCUUGCCAUAAGGCAAAAGUGAUAACUAAGUGGCUCGGGGAACAAAACAUCGACAUUUUGGGUCCAUGGCCAGGAAACUCCCCAGACCUUAAUCCCAUUGAAAUCUUGUGGUCAAUCCUCAAGAGGCGGGUGGACAAACAAAAACCCACAAAUUCUGACAAACUCCAAGCAUUGAUUAUGCAAGAAUGGGCUGCCAUCAGUCAGGAUGUGGCCCAGAAGUUAAUUGACAGCAUGCCAGGGAGGAUUGCAGAGGUCUUGCAAAAGAAGAGUCAACACUGCAAAUAUUGACUCUUUGCAUAAACGUAAUGUAAUUGUCAAUAAAAGCAUUUGACACUUAUGGAAUGCUUGUAAUUAUACUUCGGUAUACCAUAGUAAAAUCUGACAAAAAUAUCUCAUAACACUGAAGCAGCGAACUUUGUGAAGACCAAUACUUUCUCAAAACCUUUGACCACGACUGUAUGUGUGCCACUCAGAGGAUGAAGAUUGAUGUGCCUUUGAACGGGGUACGGUAGUAGGUGCCAGGCAACCAGCUUUUUGGUCAAGAACUGCAAUGCUGCUGGGUUUUUCACGCUCAACAGUUUCCCGUGUGUAUCAAGAAUGGUCCACCAUCCAAAGGACAUCCAGCCAACGUGACACAACUGUGGGAAGCAUUGGAGUCAACAUGGGCCCUGUGGAAUGCUUUCGACACCUUGUAGAGUCCAUGUCCUGACGAAUUAGGAAGGUGUUCCUAAUGUUUGGUACACUCACUGUAGUUUUACUGCUGAAGCUUCUAGAAGGCAGCCAGUACAUCUGUAGUAUCUAUAUCUAUUGUCUGGGGGUUAAACCUGUUACAGCAUGUUUGUUCCUCCGCUAGUGUCACCACCAGUAUUUCCCUUAUCCACAUCAACAAAACCAUUUCCUCAACAUAUUUGACUGUCAAAUAAAACAUCCUAACUGCACACAUAUGUUUGAUAGUGAAAGUUAUGAGGGAGAAGCUUUUGAAGAUUUCAUUGGGAUGCAUCUGGUUCCGUCCUGGCUGGAGGAAGGAGGACAAAGGGCCCUGGUCAAAGUAGUAGUGCACUAUAAAGGGACUAGAUACCAUUUGGGAAGCAGGCUAAGCCCUUGAUCCACCCCUGAUCCGGGCACGAGUAAGAGCCUCUGGGAGGCCAUCCUUCCCACCAUCCCUCCAUCCCUCCAUCCCUGCCUCCAUCCCUCCAUCCCUCCAUCCCUCCAGCCCUCCUUCCCUCCAUCCCUCCAUCCUUCCAACCCUCCAUCCCUCCCUCCCUCCAUCCCUCCUUCCCUCCAUCCCUCCAUCCCUCCCUCCAUCCCUCCUUCCCUCCCUCCCUCCCUCCCUCCAUCCCUCCUUCCCUCCCUCCUUCCCUCCUUCCCUCCUUCCCUCCAUCCCUCCAGCCCUCCAUCCCUCCAUCCCUCCAUUCCUCCAUCCUUCCAUCCUUCCAUCCUACCUUCCCUCCAUCCCUCCUUCCCUCCAUCCCUCCUUCCCUCCAUCCUUCCAACCCUCCAUCCCUCCUUCCCUCCAUCCCUCCAGCCCUCCAUCCCUCUUCCCUCCAUCCUUCCAACCCUCCUCCCUCCAUCCCUCCAUCCCUCCUUCCCUCCUUCCCUCCCUCCUUCCCUCCAUCCCUCCAGCCCUCCUUCCCUCUAUCCCUCCAUCCCUCUAACCCUCCAUCCCUCCAUCCUUCCAAACCCUUCAUCCCUCCUUCCCUCUAUCCUUCCAUCCUUCCAACCCUCCAUCCUUCCAUCCUUCCAUCCCUCCAUCCCUCCUUCCCUCCAUCCCUCCUUCCCUCCAUCCUUCCAACCCUCCAUCCCUCCAUCCCUCCUUCCCUCCUUCCCUCCAUCCCUCCAGCCCUCCUUCCCUCCUUCCCUCCCUCCUUCCCUCCAUCCCUCCAGCCCUCCUUCCCUCCAUCCCUCCAUCCCUCCUUCCCUCCAUCCCUCCUUCCCUGUUGCAGCAUGUUUGUUCCUCCACUAGUCUAUAUUCUGGGGGUUAAACCUGUUACAGCAUGUUUGUUCCUCCGCUAGUGUCACCACCAGUAUUUCCCUUAUCCACAUCAACAAAACCAUUUCCUCAACAUAUUUGACUGUCAAAUAAAACAUCCUAACUGCACACAUAUGUUUGAUAGUGAAAGUUAAGAGGGAGAAGCUUUUGAAGAUUUCAUUGGGAUGCAUCUGGGUCCGUCCUGGCUGGAGGAAGUAGGACAAAGGGCCCUGGUCAAAGUAGUAGUGCACUAUAAAGGGACUAGAUACCAUUUGGGAAGCAGGCUAAGCCCUUGAUCCACCCCUGAUCCGGGCACGAGUAAGAGCCUCUGGGAGGCCAUCCUUCCCUCCAUACCUCCAUCCCUCCAUCCCUCCCUCCAUCCCUCCAUCCAUCCCUCCAUCCCUCCAUCCCUCCAUCCAUCCCUCCAUCCUUCCAUCCCUCCAUCCCUCCAACCCUCCAACCCUCCAUCCCUCCAUCCUUCCAUCCCUCCAUCCCUCCAUCCCUCCUUCCCUCCUCUCCCUCCAUCCCUCCUUCCCUCCAUCCUUCCAUCCCUCCAUCCCUCCAUCCCUCCUUCCCUCCUCUCCCUCCAUCCCUCCUUCCCUCCAUCCCUCCAUCCUUCCAUCUUUCCAUCCCUCCAACCCUCCAUCCCUCCAUCCCUCCAUCCUUCCAUCCCUCCAUCCCUUCAUCCCUCCUUCCCUCCUUCCCUCCUCUCCCUCCAUCCCUCCUUCCCUCCAUCCUUCCAUCCCUCCAUCCCUCCAUCCCUCCAUCCCUCCAUCCCUCCUCUCCCUCCAUCCCUCCUUCCUCCUCCCCUCUUCCCUCUCCCCUCCAUCCCUCAUCCGUCCACCCAUCCUCAUCCCUCAAAUCCAUCCUCUUUCCCUCCAUCCUUCCAUCCCUCCAUCCCUCCCUCCCCUCCAUCCCCUCCUCCUCCCUUCCAUCCUCUUCCCUUCAUCCUUCAUCCCUCCGCCAUCCUCCAUCCCUCAUCUACCCUCCUUCCCUCCAUCCCUCUAUCCCUUCAUCUUCAGCCUCAGGAACGACUGAGCACCAAAGCACGAGACAAGACACUCUUAAGCCGUAAUUUACAGAAUCGUUAUCGUAUCACCAAGGGUGUGCUUACUUUUCACGUUACAAUAACGGAUGUUGAAGGGAGGAACAGUAAAAGAUAUAUAUUGAAAAACCUUUCUUAAGGGACAAUUUCUUUUACGCGGGCUGGGGCCCCAACCAAGAGUUUUGGAGUUGGUCAACUGGGCCCUUCAGGUGUAUGUCCCCAUAGUGGAGGACUCAACAUUGAUUAUUAAUAGCGCUCCAGAAUACUCCACAAAUCAAAGUUAGAGUUGGUUCAGCCUCAGCAGAGGUCAGCUUAUAUAUGGGAGACGGGAGAGGGCAGAGGAGGAGGAGAGGGGGAAGGAGUGAGGGGGAGAGGAGGAGGAGAGGGGGAAGGAGAGAGGGGGAGAGGAGGAGGAGAGGGGGAAGGAGAGAGGGGGAGAGGAGGAGGAGAGGGGGUAGGAGAGAGGGGGAGAAGAGGAAGAGAGGGGGAAGGAGAGAGAGGGAGAAGAGAGGGGAAAGAGGAGAGAGGGAGAAGAGAGGGGGAGAAGAGCAGGGAGGAGCAGAGGGGGAAGGGGAGAGGAGGAGGAGAGUGGGAGAGUGAGAGAGUGAGAGGGGAGACAAUAUAAGACUCGUUGAGGAAACCUAGUGCACAAACUCUCAGUGCUCUAGUGUGUCCUCAUGACCUGCAGAGUUUAAACACUAAUCUUGUCAGCAGGGGGAAUUUGGAGAAUCUUUGGUUUGUGCUUUCUUUUUUCACAGAAUUACAUAUAGAAUCAUUUUCAUGACCAACUAAAUAAUUGAUCAUAAAAACCAAACGCCAUACAAUCAAAAUGUCAACAUUCUUCUUGCAGAAAAUCGGAUAAGACAUACUGUACGUUCUGGUAGAACAGGAACUAAAUCUUUGAAACGUUCAAUUAUUCGACCAUCACAUUUGCUAAUGCAGAAACCAAAUGUCAGAAGAAAAUGUAACUGUUUCUAUCAACUUCUUCUUUGGGAGUAGUAUAGCGUCUGUGGGAAACCCAGUGGUAUGCAGUCAGCACAAAGCUACAUAAAGAAGCAGUCCUCAUGAUUGUCAGGCCAGGGUGUUAACUUCGACUGAGGCUGCGUACCAAAUAGCACCAUAUUCCCUAUAUAGUGCCCCGGCUUUGGUCAAAGGUUGUGCAGCUUAUUGGAGAUAAGGUUUCAUUUGGGACUCGGACAGAGUUUUCACUCCAGAUGAUGUAUGGUUUGGAGCCAAAGGUAUUUCUGGGGGAAGUGAGGGGGUUUCCCACCAGAUCUAAUAACUUUGAUUUACGCAGAGGAAGGAGGAGCACACUUUUAUUUUUACAUCUUUGGUUGCGUCGCAAAUUGCACCCUAUUCCCUAUAUAGUGCACUUCUUUUGACCAGGGCCCCAUAGGCCUCUGGUCAAAAGUAGUGCACUAAACAGGGAAUAGGGCGGCAUUUAUCCCUGGUUAGCUCCGUCCACCUCUACCAGUACCAACGAAGGAAGGCACACAAGACAGACCAUUAUAUAUCUCAGUCCACAUUAAGAUAAGGAACACCCAGAUGAGUGGAGACUCCAGUCAGACAAUGCCUUUCCUAUUGCAGUAGUGUGGGCAAUUGUCCUGUUGGUGGGGAGGGACGGGGGGAGUGGUGAAGCGGAGCGGGUGUGUUUUGGCAAAUUGCACCAGAUUUAUCUUGGCUAUAGGCAUCCUCUUUCCUGGGUUUCCAUCUCGGGUUUCUGUCGUCUCUCUCCCCGGAUGAGUUCCAAAUGGCACCCUAUUCCCCUAGGUAGUGCACUACUUUUGACCAGGGCCCAUAGUGCACUACAAUAGGGAAUAGGGUGCUCUUUGGGACGACUCAGCCAGUCACAGUACAGGGCCUUAUCAGGCUGCCCUCCUCUCAGUGGCUGGUUCCAGCGGUAAGAUUUCAGGUGCUGGCCCUGGUCUCCAGAGGAACAGGUGUCCCCUCUGUGUCCGGGCGGCUGGGGUCUCGCUGGGGAGGCCUGGGAAAGGGCAGGUACCGCCAAGGCAUGGUUCUGCCUCAGCGGACAGCUAACAGUGGGGCUUUGAUGAUGAAUUCGGCCUAAUUGCUUAAGGAGUCUGUGGAAGUUAUAAUAGUUAGGAUGGAGGUAGACAAAAGGAAAAAAGACAAAAAUUCACAUGGCCAAAGGAGUUGCAAAUGGGUUUGAAUCUAAGGCUCAAUCCCAAUACUCCCCCUUAGCCCUCCACCUGAGUGUUGUCCCAUUUCAACUUUGAGCGUAGUGCCUUUUCAGUUGGCCCUCCAAAACUAAGCGAAUUGAGGUCCAGACUGGUCGUCACUAGUUACCAAAACCACAAAGUCAUAAACUCUGCCUCUUUCGACAAUUUCUCUUCUUAAAAAUUAGAUUUGAAAAGCACAGGAGGUUGGUGGCACCUUAAUUGGGGAGGACGGGCUCGUGGUAAUGGCUGGAGCGGAAUGAGGACGGGCUCGUGGUAAUGGCUGGAGCGGAAUGAGGACGGGCUCGUGGUAAUGGCUGGAGCGGAAUGAGGACGGGCUCGUGGUAAUGGCUGGAGCGGAAUGAGGACGGGCUCGUGGUAAUGGCUGGAGCGGAAUCAGGACGGGCUCGUGGUAAUGGCUGGAGCGGAAUGAGGACGGGCUCGUGGUAAUGGCUGGAGCGGAAUGAGGACGGGCUCGUGGUAAUGGCUGGAGCGGAAUGAGGACGGGCUCGUGGUAAUGGCUGGAGCGGAAUGAGGACGGGCUCGUGGUAAUGGCUGGAGCGGAAUGGGGACGGGCUCGUGGUAAUGGGGAGGACUGGCUCGUGGUAAUGGCUGGAGCGGAAUGGGGACGGGCUCGUGGUAAUGGCUGGAGCGGAAUGAGGACGGGCUCGUGGUAAUGGCUGGAGCGGAAUGAGGACGGGCUCGUGGUAAUGGCUGGAGCGGAAUCAGGACGGGCUCGUGGUAAUGGGGAGGACUGGCUCGUGGUAAUGGGGAGGACUGGCUCGUGGUAAUGGGGAGGACUGGCUCGUGGUAAUGGCUGGAGCGGAAUCAGGACGGGCUCGUGGUAAUGGCUGGAGCGGAAUAGGGACGGGCUCGUGGUAAUGGGGAGGACGGGCUCGUGGUAAUGGCUGGAGCGGAAUCAGGACGGGCUCGUGGUAAUGGCUGGAGCGGAAUGGGGACGGGCUCGUGGUAAUGGCUGGAGCGGAAUGAGGACGGGCUCGUGGUAAUGGCUGGAGCGGAAUGGGGAUGGGCUCGUGGUAAUGGCUGGAGAGGAAUAGGGACGGGCUCGUGGUAAUGGCUGGAGCGGAAUAGGGACGGGCUCGUGGUAAUGGCUGGAGCGGAAUGAGGACGGGCUCGUGGUAAUGGCUGGAGCGGAAUCAGGACGGGCUCGUGGUAAUGGCUGGAGCGGAAUGAGGACGGGCUCGUGGUAAUGGCUGGAGCGGAAUCAGGACGGGCUCGUGGUAAUGGCUGGAGCGGAAUCAGGACGGGCUCGUGGUAAUGGCUGGAGCGGAAUGAGGACGGGCUCGUGGUAAUGGCUGGAGCGGAAUGAGGACGGGCUCGUGGUAAUGGCUGGAGCGGAAUGAGGACGGGCUCGUGGUAAUGGCUGGAGCGGAAUUAGGACGGGCUCGUGGUAAUGGCUGGAGCGGAAUGAGGACGGGCUCGUGGUAAUGGCUGGAGCGGAAUAAGGACGGGCUCGUGGUAAUGGCUGGAGCGGAAUGAGGACGGGCUCGUGGUAAUGGCUGGAGUGGAAUGAGGACGGGCUCGUGGUAAUGGCUGGAGUGGAAUGAGGACGGGCUCGUGGUAAUGGCUGGAGCGGAAUGAGGACGGGCUCGUGGUAAUGGCUGGAGCGGAAUGAGGACGGGCUCGUGGUAACGGCUGGAGCGGAAUGAGGACGGGCUCGUGGUAAUGGCUGGAGCGGAAUGAGGACGGGCUCGUGGUAACGGCUGGAGCGGAAUGGGGACGGGCUCGGGGUAAUGGCUGGAGCGGAAUGGUAUCAAACACAAGGUUUCCAUGUGUAUGAUGCCAUUCCAUUUGCUCCGUUCCAGCCAUUAUUAUGAGCCGUCCUCCCCUCAGCAGCCUCCACUGUUUUAAACCUAACCCCAACCUUAACCACACUGCUAACCCUAUGCCUAACCCUAACCUUAAAUCACGAAUACAAAGCAAAUGUUUGUUUUCAUAAAUUGUUACAAUAUAGCCAAUUUUAACCUUGUUGCUGUCCUAUCUAGUGGAAACCGUCCCGACUUGAUAGCGAGUGGUUACCAAAUCUCCCAUGAGGCUCUGCGACCCAAGGCUCUAAAGUUGAUUCAGGAAAGAUGGCUGACAAAAAUAUUAAAAUGUAAAUAAUUAUAACAAAACAUUUACAGUUAUGAGGAAUAUGUUAGCUAGAAGCUAGCAGACUCAUUACUUACCAACAACAGCUGCAAAUUCCACUAAACUACAUCACGUUUUGAAGUUCACUUUCCUUGCUUUGUCUAAUAACACUAUCAUGAAUCUAGCAAAAAAAUGGGUCAGAGUGCAGUAUUUAUUUAGUUUCACAGAACAAAUGUUUGUUGGCAUGUUUCUCACACAGGCUUUAGCCACGGAGGGAGCAGGCCUGCCCAAGCCAAUGCAGGUGGGUUGCCUAGCAACACGUGCCUUGGAGGAAGACAACGUCUGUCUGUAUAGCGUGACAAAUUCCCAUGAUUUGUGAAUCUGUUUGGAGCUAACAGCUAGCGCGACAGCUAAAAUGGCUUUGAAAAAAAUAAAUGAAAGCUAAUAGGGACAAACAAAUAACUACAUUAUCGCAUUCACUAAUCAUAAACUAUUUACAUAUCAUAGAAAUGUGGGUACAUUUGUGGACAAAAUUCUUACUUACUCAACCUUAAUUGAAGACCAAUACGGGAAAAAAAAAAAUCAUUAAAGAUCACAGAGGAAAACCUGGUUCAGUCUGCUUUCCACAAGACACUGGAAGAUGAAUUCACCUUUCAGUAGGACAAUAACCUAAAACACAAGGCCAAAUCUACACUGGAGUUGUUUACGAAGAAGACCUGUGAAUGUUCCCGAGUGGCCGAGUUACAGUUUUGACGCAACUCCUCUAUUCAGCCAUCCCCUCCAACAACACCCAGGAGACAUGACAGUUUAUGGCCUGUAACCGUGGCGAUGGCAGGUGGCCAUCUUGUGAGCUGAGAUCAAAGGCUUUGCCCGGUCACCCCCUGGAGCAUCGUGCUGUCAGAGGGUGCAUUGAUCAAUGGCCCAGGUGUGAAAAGGGAGAGGUAGAGGGAGAGCAGGGCAGGUAAAUAUCUCAGGGGCAAGGGAAGGCCAACACCUUUCACACUCAUUACACACCGGCUUAUUUGUCAAGCGAUUUAGUCACUGGAGGGAUCAGGGAUCUAGCUGCUGUAAUAAAGCCUAACGUUGAUUUAGGGAAUGUUUAUCAUAUUUGAAUGUGAUGUUAAUGUUAGCCUAGAAACUGGGAAGGUAUCAAUUUCAUAAUGAGUGCCUAAAGGCAUUGCCUGUAGACCUACUGUGGGGCUGUUAGAACUGUUAAUUUGUUCACUCAUAACGUUUAUAAAGCUAAUAGGCCCAUGUAUUAUCAAUACUAAAACAUCUCCUUCAGAUAAGAUUGACCUUAUUUGACCACAACAACAUUAAUCAUCACUAUCCCAUCUGUCCACAGUGCAGUAUUAUAUAUUUUUUUAAUGAGCUUGCCAUAUCUGCAUUCUGACAUAUUCAACCAGACAAUCAGUGAGUCCAUCUAAACCUGCAGGAAGCCCGGGGGUCGGCAACAAAGACAUUUGAAAAUGUCAUUAGCGACCUCUCAGCUCCUCUCAGCUGCAACCCCAAAGCCCGUAGUGAUAAUAUAUUGAUGGGGCUGUCAUUAAAAACAGUUUUCAGGCUCCUUGAGGAUUCAUUUGCGUUGACCCAGAAUGCAGUAUUUUCUUAACACAAGCAGCGGGCUACUUUGAUGCUAUCAGCUUAUCCAAACAUGGGGGGGAGAGGCGGGAGAGAGAGGAAGGAGGCCGCCCUGCCCAUCCACUGGCUGCCUCGGUCGGUCCCGCGGAGGACGGCUACGAUUAA